AUCCUACGAAAUAUGCAAAGAAGAUGUAAACGUCUGACGAACGUUGUCCCCAUCGAAAGCUACUAUAGCCUGAACCCCUUUGACUUCAUCAGAAGUCACAUCCACGUCGCUAUCUCGAAGCCCUUCAUCCCUGAAAUUAUCCAGAUUACCUUCCGGAUAAACGUCUUCCCCCGCUCCACCGUCACCAGACUCCUCUGAAUCAAAGAAGUUAACGGCCAUUUUCUUGCAUGAACCUCCCACAAGACCCUUAGCUUCCUCCAUCAUCUUGAUUCUAAACUUAACAACGUCCAUCUUGGCAUUCUUGCUAGUAUUAUCAUCACUGCAAAUAAGUCUAUACUAUUUGAAAGAUAUUUUAUGAAUAAUAUCAUUAAGUAGGGAGACAAGUUCUUUCAUCUGUUCCACAUCUCUUAGAAACUGUUCAGGUUGAAGCUACCUUUCCUGAUGGGACUAAGUUAAUCACGGUUCAUGACCCAAUUGCCUCUGAAAAUGGAAACCUUGAACUAGCAUUAUUUGGUUCUUUUCUUCCAGUACCUUCACUUGACAUGUUUAUCGAGAACAAUGAAGAUUACAUCAUUCCUGGUGAAAUAAAAUCUGGAGAUGGAAGCCUGGUUCUUAACGCUGGAAGGGAGGCCGUCUCUCUUAAAGUUGUAAACAAUGGAGACAGGCCAAUUCAGGUUGGAAGCCACUAUCAUUUUAUUGAAGUAAAUCCCUACUUAACCUUUGAUCGAAGAAAAGCAUUUCGCAAGCGCCUUAAUAUAGCAUCUGGGACUUCAACACGCUUUGAGCCAGGGGAAUGUAAAACUGCUAUUCUUGUAAGCAUUGGAGGUUCCAAAGUCAUCCGAGGAGGUAACAACAUUGUUGAUGAUCCAGUUAAUGGUUUGACUUGUAUAGAAAAAGCCAUGGAGGCUGUCAUAACAAGGGGAUUCGGGCAUAAGGAAGAUGAAAAUGCAAGGGAAGGUAUUACCGGUGAAGACUAUUCAUUGACUAAAGUAAUUCCUCGAGAGGACUAUGCUAACAAGUAUGGCCCUACUACUGGUGACAAAAUUCGUCUUGGUGACACUAACUUGUUUGCGGAAAUUGAAAAAGAUUUUGCUGUCUAUGGUGAUGAAUGUGUUUUUGGAAGUGGGAAAGUCAUAAGAGAUGGAAUGGGUCAGUCGUGUGGCCAUUCACCUGAUCUUCCUUCCUUGGAUACUGUUAUAACAAAUGCUGUAAUCAUCGAUUAUACUGGAAUUUACAAAGCAGAUAUUGGUAUUAAGGAUGGCCUUAUUGCCUCAAUUGGAAAAUCAGGAAAUCCAGAUGUUAUGGAUGGUGUAUUUGAUAAUAUGAUCGUUGGGACUAAUACUGAAGUUAUUGCUGGAGAGGGCUUUAUUGUAACAGCUGGUGCUAUAGAUUGUCAUGUGCAUUUUAUAUGCCCUCAAUUAGUAUAUGAAGCCAUAUCAAGUGGGAUCACAACAUUAGUGGGAGGAGGAGCUGGACCAGCUUCUGGAACACGUGCUACAACUUGCACACCUGCACCGAUUCAGAUGAAAAGGAUGCUGCGAUCAACAGAUGACCUGCCUCUAAACUUCGGUUUUACUGGAAAAGGGAAUUGUUCCAAGCCUGAAGAAUUACAUGAAAUAGUCAAAGCUGGAGCUAUGGGACUGAAGCUGCAUGAGGAUUGGGGAACUACUCCAGCGUCAAUAGAUUCCUGCUUGGAUGUUGCAGAACAACAUGAUAUCCAGGUUAAUAUACAUGCUGACACCAUAAAUGAAUCUGGGUUUGUGGAACACACAAUUGCUGCAUUUGGUGGAAGAAAUAUUCAUGCUUACCACAGUGAAGGUGCGGGUGGUGGCCAUGCUCCAGAUAUCAUCAAAGUAUGUGGUGUAAAGAAUGUCCUACCCUCAUCAACAAAUCCUACACGUCCCUUUACAUCAAAUACCAUAGACGAGCAUCUUGAUAUGUUGAUGGUCUGCCAUCAUCUUGAUAAGAAUAUUCCAGAAGAUGUUGCUUUUGCAGAAUCAAGGAUAAGAGCCGGAACAAUCGCUGCUGAAGAUAUUUUGCAUGAUAUGGGUGCAAUUAGCAUUAUUUCUUCUGAUUCACAGGCUAUGGGUAGAAUUGGAGAGGUGAUAAGCAGAACUUGGCAAACUGCCGAUAAGAUGAAGUCACAAAGAGGACCACUGCAACCCGAUGAUUGCAACAAUGACAACUUUCGAAUCAAACGUUAUGUUGCAAAGUACACUAUAAAUCCAGCUAUAGCAAAUGGUUUGUCGCGGUAUAUUGGUUCAGUUGAGGUGGGAAAGUUAGCUGAUCUUGUAUUAUGGAAACCGUCCUUUUUUGGAGCAAAACCAGAAAUGGUGAUCAAAGGCGGUGACAUUGCAUGGGCUGACAUCGGUGACGCAAACGCUAGCAUCCCAACACCUGAACCGGUGAUUAUGAAACCUAUGUUUGGAGCAUAUGGCAAGGCUGGUAGUGCAAACUCUAUUGCUUUUGUGAGCAAGGCAUCUUUGGACUACGGUGUAAAAGCUUUAUAUGGACUUGACAAGAGGGUGGAAGCCGUGGAGAAUGUGAGAAAGAUCAGCAAACUAGACAUGAAACUGAACGACGCCCUUCCAGAAAUCACUGUGGACCCAGAGACAUACACAGUCACUGCAGACGGAGAGGUUCUAACCUGCGCUCCGGCCACUACUGUUCCUCUUUCUAGAAAUUACUACCUCUUCUAAGCUCAAAAUCUCUUCCACCUUUUGAACUGCCAUGGGAUUCGCAUAAGCAUAUCUGUGCCAUUUGUCCAGUAAAUUACUUUCUAGACAAAAAAGCAAGUAAGCAUACAUGUGUUUAUGGAUUGCCAGAUUUAAUCAUUUGUCCAGCCUAACUUAAUACUUUGUUGUGAGACAUAGCCAUUCAUGUCUGGAUCAUAUUUAUUAUGUUCAAUAUUUAAUCUCUU